GUACUCUUUUCUUCGCCGUCGUCGUCACAGUUUUUAUUCAAGAUGGCGAACGUGCGGGAUAGCGACAUUUCCCUGUGGCUACACAAUAAGCUUGGUACCUCAAACGACUCGUGGAUUAGCGGUUCUAUCAUAUCACAGCUGAACAAGGAAGUCCUACGGAACAUCAAGGAGUGUUUUCCGGACCUGCAGACACAGGUGAAGCUGAAGCUGCUGCUUAGUUUCUUCCAUAUUCCGCGGAGGAUUGUCGAAGAGUGGAAAACUGAACUUGAAGAGGUGAUCGAAGUGGCCGGUCUCGAUUCAGAACUAUGGGUUUCUAUGGUGGCGGAAACGAUCAAAACCUUACCAACAACCGGUUCGCUGAACACAGAAAUCACCGAUUACGAGGAAACGCGUCCUAUAUUUACCGAUAUGGUAAACGAAUUGCGGCGAUUAGUGGUAAAAAAUGCCGAUCUCGGAUUACUGCCACUCGAGUGUCAGUAUCUCAAUAAAUCUGCACUGGUUUCUGUGGUAGGACAGCAGUCGACCCCGGUUAAGCAUUUUACACUGAAGCGGAAACCAAAGAGCGCAAACCUGCGGGCGGAGCUUUUGCAAAAGUCGUCCGACGCGCAGAGUUGUUUGAAGAAGAUUUCUGCUCCAACAGUGCCUUUGAGAUCUCGAGGAAUUCCACGAAAAAUGACUGACACAACCCCGUUAAAGGGAAUCCCGUCUCGGGUUCCAACCGGCGGCUUUCGGUCACCACCUUCAUCACAAGGACAAAAUAGACCAAGCCUCAGUCGGACGCCAGCCGGCCGAAAAGAAGGUGGCGUAAAAUUGUUGGAAAUUGGAGAACAACCAUUAGGUUAUGCUGCCGCCAAGAAGCGAAAGCGUGAACAAGAACGAGAAGAACAGCAGAAGAAAGCUGCAGAGCAAGCGACUGUACAGGCCACUCAGGAUGUAAAACCAGUCAUUGUAUCUCCUACGACACCAACUGUUACCACUACUACUCCUGAUUAUGCCGCUGGACUAACGGCCACAACGGUUUACAGUCAACCUGCAACACCGAUGCCAGCGACAACAGGCAAAGAAUCCAUAGUUUCUACCGCUAUUCCACCAGCGAUUCAAAUUCAACAUCCUCCUUUGGAUAUAAAACAGGAGAUCAAACAAGAAAUCAAGCAAGAACCUGUGUUGAGCAGUACGCUACAAUCCAUUCCUAUCGUGUCAUCUACUCCCAUGUUGCAAACGACAGUGCCUCCGGUGCCACCUUUGGCGUACACAACACCCCAAGCGCAAAAAAUUACCAUCAAAUCGGAACCGAAUGUUUCUGCGCCAAUAUCGAUUUCGAAUCCCCCGUCGUUAAUUCGAACAGUCACGCUCCCCACGACCACCCAAAUCAAGACGCAAACUCAGCAGCUUCCGACCGUUCCGAGUACGGUACAAAUGAUACAACAAAGCACGACCGGUGGUUCGUUGAUUGGGGCGAAGAGCACCAUUGGCGGUCCACCUAAAAUAGAGAUCAUCUCGUCGAAGACCAUUCAACCCGGAACGAUUCAGGCAUCGAUUCCGAAGUCGACAACGAUAAUUAAUCAAGGUGGCAACAUUUUGUUUACCACAAAGCAGGUACAGCCUAACGUAACCGCUGCAAACGCGGGUACGACCAUAAUCCAACAGAAACCGGCGCUGCAGUCUUACGUGCUUAACACCUCACCGCCCGGGAAGCAAAUCAACAUCCAAAGAAUUAUUACGAAUGCAAAUGCAAACGUUACGCCUACGCUUACAACCACCAUUUCACGUGCUCAACAUCAACAGCAGCUGCUCCAGGCUCAACAACAGCAAAAUCAACAACCAACAACACCUACUCGAAUCGUUCAAAUCAAGACCGCUCCCACAGUUUCCCUCAACAACAACCAGAUGCUACAAAACAUCCCUCCACUAAUCUCCACCCAACAUCCUGGAUCUGGCAAUCAGCCAACCAUUCUCAAUAUUCAAUCAAUACAGCAGCAGCAACAACAGCAACAGCAGCAACAACAACAACAGCAACUUCAAAUUCAGCAGCAGCCAACAACCCCUCAGAAAAGAACUAUAACCAUUACAGCGCAGAACCCACAAAGUAACAACAUGAUUGCCACGUCCGUUGCUCAGAUUCUGCAGCAACAGCAAUUCCAACAUCAGCAGCAGCAACAACAGACCGUUCAAACCACUUCGAUCAUGACAGGCAGUACGCAGCAACCGAAAUACGCCCAGGUGGUCAUGUCUCCAAAUGUGAAAGGCAAAACAAUUUACCUAACCAAUUCAUCCAACAUCCCCAAUGUGCUGAAUCAAAAAGGAGUUAUUUUACGAACGGUAGAUCCUUCUGGAAACACCGUUUAUCAGCAAAUUCCACUGCAAAACGUGUCAGGUCUAGGUGGUGCCACAAUUCUCACCAGUGGUGGUCCUCCUGGGUUGGUGAAGUCGGAACCAGACACAAAAGCGCAGCUUAGUCAAAUUCCAGCCUUGGUCCCUACCAGUUCCUUGCAUCAAAAUAUCCCAGCCUUGACACCGGUAGUGAUUCAGCCAUCCCAACAGCAACAACAGCAGCAAGCAACCACUAUUCCAGCACUUAUCACCAACAUUUCCCAGCAAGCUCAACAGCAGCAUCACCUCCAACAACAGCAGCAGCAAAUUAAGACUUCCCCCCAGACGAUGACCAUCAUCCGACCGGUCGGUAGCAAUAAUGUUCAAACGACGAUGCUGCCCCAGGGUUUGACACUAAUUCAACGACCUGGUCAGCAACCGCAACUAGUUCAAACAAUUCAAGCCAAUCAAGGUCAAACGCAGAUGGCCAUUGGACAACAGCAGCAGCAGCAGCAACAACAACAACAACCGCAAACUAGAACUAUCAUCACCCAGAUUCCGCAACAGCAAAUACAGCAACAACAACAGCACCUUCAGACACAACAGCAGCAGCAUACGAUACAGUUUCAGGCAGCGGGAGCACCGCGAGCAGGAGGAACCACUAUUCAGUUGGUGCAGCAACCGCAGCAAGAUCGAAUUGGCCAGCAGCAGCAACCACAGCAGUUACAGAUCCAGCGGACGCAAAUCGGCCAACAACAGCAACAGGGCACCACGGUCACCAUUCAGCAGCAAAACGCGGUGGCAAUGGGUCAACAGCAAACACAACAGCAAGGUGCUCGGAAAGGACUUUCUCUUUCGAACAAGCAUGUUAUGGAAGCGCACGACAUGUUCAAACGGGCCAACCGUGUGACUCGCUUGGAAAAAGCGCUCAUCCUCGGUUUUAUGGCCGGCUACCGGGACAAUCCGCGGCCUAAUCCGGAAAAUGUUGUCACCAUUAAGCUGAACGAGAGCCAGGAGAAAGUCCUCCAGGCAGACGACACGCAGGCAUUGAUGUUGGUGGAAUCGCUGAUCACGCUCGAUUACAAUACGGGCGAAUGGAAAACGUUCCGGAAGUAUCGGGAGCUUGAUCCCUCCCAGCAGCACGAAAUGAGCCCCGGUACGACUGGUGGGGCGCAAGGCGCCGGUGGCCCUACGACAGCCCAGCAGCAGAAUUCAGUGGUUAUUUAAUAUUUAGCAUAGCGUAAAAAGCGUGAUAGUAAGAAGGUAGACGGUUAAGCGAUAAAGGGUGUGCGUGAGUUUGACGGAUGUGUGGACGUGUUUGAGAGCGAACGGGAGAACAAUUUCUCUAGUAUUUAUGCGUACAUAGUUUACAUGAUUUUCUACUAAGAAUAAUCCUCUGUUGUUGUACUAUAUCAAUGGCAUAUAGGCGAAAUAUGUGCAAAAUCUAUAUAUUCAUCUCAUGAAAUAAAACCUAUCCUGUCAAGGACAUUAAGUACUGUGCUUAUAGAGUAUAUGGCUGAAAAAAAAAUACAAUUGAAGGAAAACAAUUGAAUUGGACACGAAAUUAGUUGGAGUACAACUUGAGCAACGGUCAAAAGUUAUUGCGUUGCAAUUAGUAUCUGUAUUUUUUACAAAUUUUGACAAACAUGUUGUUAAGCAAGGUUUUUGCAUUCUUGGGCCAUUAACCGAACAUUGUUUAGAAAAUUUACGUUAGAACAGGUACAAAACAUACGCUAUUGAAAGUCUGCGUACGUUCGUUUUAUGGCCCCCGAAAGCUAGCAACCUCCUUUAAGUAGUACACAGUACUUUUGUAGCAUACAAGUAAUAGUAUCGUUUAGGUUUCGCUUUCUUUCUAGUUUCAGGCUAAACGAUAAGCUGCAUUAUGCAAUGUUUGACCCACGGUCGGUCAUAGAAUAGACUAGCCGUUUUCGGUAGGGUUAUGUUCAGUGUGCCUGGACAUAGCAAAUGAAGCUUCUGAAUCUGUAGGCUACGGAACGGAAACAAACCGCGUUCUUAGAUGUAGAUUCGCAACACAAUAGUUUUUAUGUUAGUAAAAUAUUGAAUAAUUAUGUAAUUAUUACUACGCUAAGAAAAUAAUGAAAUAUUAUUUUAUCAUGCCUAGGUUGAAAUACCAUAAAUGUGUAUAUUCCAAUAGCUGCAUAUACAGAGCAUGAACAUGUA